UCUGUAGAGAAUUUGACAUUGACAAAGCCUAAACCAAUCGACGAGAAGUAAAGUCCUUCACUAUCAUCCCGCAUCUGGACUGGAAAAAGGUGUUUUGUAAAUAAAUACCCCAGCAUGCAGUUCGUAACUGUGAAGUCAUAACAACAGGCAAUCAAUCGGCUAAUCGUUGUUUAAAGCUUUAAAACCGAGAAACUCGCUAUUUGUGAAGAUUCGUACUCACAAACGGACCAUAAUGUAAGGAAAUGAUCCUCAUUGAAUCUAUAGUGAARUCAUGUGGCUUAUUUACGAAUUUUUACAUGGUUGGCUGGCGUGAUUGUAGCCAGAAGAGCUUUUUCAUGUAACAAAUCCCAUCAUAUUAAUGGGGGCCGGUUGCUCUCAUACUGUAGUCACACUGAACGAGAAUAGAUCAACGAGUCCUUCGUCCAACGGGCCCUCAAUCACGCAGACUACGAGCACAAAAACGAUCCAGUCACCAAAUGUAUGGAAUCCUUUUCAAAUAACCAAAAACGAAGCAGAAGAUCUUCUGAAGUCAUGUGACCCUGGAUCGUUCGUCUUCUCGCAUGAUAUGACAUCAGAGCUAUUUUUAUCCCUCAGUUUCAGUUUAAAAUGCCACAACAGGCAGUACCAGCAAUCCAGGUCAAACAGCACCCUGACGUCACAAUCCAUACAACACCAAGCACCAGUGAAGUAAACUCUUCAGACAGUGAUAUAAAAAAGAGCAGUCUGAUACCAGCUCACCAAGCUUUCAAAGAAAAAAGCCCAGUYCUUAAGCGGCCACAAAACCACAGGACACCCGUAGACAGAAUCGAAGAAGAAAGUAGAAAUUUUGAUGAGAAUGAAGAUAUUGAAACCAAAAAYAAUUUGAGAAGCAAACUUUCUUCAACUUUAUCGGUUACUWAMAACAAAGUGKCUCCGUUACCAAARAAACCGCUGGUCAGGUCAGCGGCAGUUGAACGAAUAGAAUCAUCGUCAUCRGGCGAUGAUCGUGAAGUUCCAAGCAGUGUUUCCUUAAUACCCAUAAUCCCACAGUCCGAUUUGGCAACCACGUCAACCCAGUUGUACAGCUGACCAUAACUGUUCACAUCGAGGAACCAUGGUCACGUGACACACGGUCACGUGACUCACUAGAUAGAAACCUAUAAAUGACGUAAUAUCGAAGUUGGAAGUAUAUGUUUGAAUUUACUUUUUUUACAAAAAAAUUUUCAUUUUGAAAGUAAACAAAGAAUAACAAACUAAACAUCUCAACUAAGAUCCCACUGGAUUGAUUGAAAAUUAAGGACAUACCUUAGGAUUACAGAUAUGAGCACUUUUUAUUCACAAAGAAACAAUAGGAAAACCUGUUCAUUGACACGAAUACCACGUUGCAAGACACGGGUUUUCUGUUGGAAAUACAUUUGUAGAAUUUCAUGCACAAAAUUUACUCUGACUACGCAUAUGCUCGUUCGUGUGCUUUGUGAAUGACCAAGCUAGAUAUGGUAUGUAUAUAUGUUAGUCACAUGCAYGUAAAAUUCUUGGAUUGCAUGUUAAUUAUAGCCGCCAUUUUGAAUAAAUCAUCCGACAUGGUGGCAUUAGCUUUGCACUAUUUUUCUUUACGGAAUCUUGAUCCGACAUGAUUUCAAUCGAAGAAUUAUAUAAUGUUAUCUUCUAAUGGUACAAUUUAAAAAUAAUCAUUUUGUAUGUAAAUACAAUUCAAAAUCAAUGCACYUACUGCAUGAUCACAGCAUUUGAUUGACGUUUAAGUGAUCAUCUUUUUAUAUAGUGCGGGAACUCUCGUGAAACAGAUCUCUGAGGACAAUGUAAUUUGUUUUUCUCUUUACCAUUACUAGAAUUAGUUCUCAAACGUAUCAUACUAUCAAAAAUAUAAAAUAUGUCUAAGAUAAUAGUUAAACCGUAAUGGUACAUGAGACAAUUGCAGUGAACCAAGAAAGUUUACRCCUGACAAGGCCUUAUUAAAUUACUUUUCAUUCGACGAUGUGGCUUUUUGUAAGCCUGUGAAAUACUUUCACCCAACUAGAAUUGUUCACAAUUAAACGACUGCAUAUAUCAUUACUACACGCAGUUAAAAUGCCUUAGAGCAAUCACUCCAUAUAUACUAUAUAUGUUAUAUUUAUUGCAAUAGAAAAUGUUAUUGAAUUUUUCACGACUAUGCUCAGAUUAUUGAGCUCUUGUUAUGAAACUAUGUAAAAACGAUUUUUGACAAUAAACCUACYACCUA